UCCUUUUGACUGUCAAUGGCUACUGCGCUUUGGCAGCACUGUUAAUUUCCGGCCUCCAUCUUUUUGCUCUUGGUUUCUCACGAUGCCACCAAAGAAGGACGCAAAAUCGUCGGCUAAACAGCCACAAAAGACACAGAAGAAGAAGGAGGGAAGCGGUGGUGGUAAAGCCAAGAAGAAGAAGUGGUCAAAAGGCAAAGUCAGGGACAAGUUGAACAACCAAAUUCUGUUCGACAAAGCCACGUAUGAAAAGUUGUACAAGGAAGUGCCACAAUAUAAACUGAUAACUCCUUCAGUGGUAUCGGAACGUUUGAAAAUUCGUGGUUCUUUAGCCAAAAGGGCGCUGGUAGAAUUACGUGACAAAGGUCUGAUUAAGCAAGUUGUCCAACAUCACUCACAAGUGAUCUAUACACGUGCUACCAAGGGUGAUGAUGCGUAAAUGUUUUACCAUACCGGCAAUAAGUAUACUAAUGCUAAAAUGUAUGAUAUGGCUUUAAUGGUAGAAUAAAAUAAUUCGUUUCCUUUUUAAA